CUCCCACUCGCCACUUCCGCCCGUUCGCCUAAAACUGCGCUUGCGCACUGAGUCUCUUCCUCUCGGGGCUCAGACCUAGUUUGAGUCGACAUGGCUAAACGCACUAAGAAGGUCGGAAUCGUGGGCAAAUACGGGACCCGUUAUGGUGCCUCCCUCAGGAAGAUGGUGAAGAAGAUUGAGAUAAGCCAGCACGCCAAGUACACUUGCUCCUUCUGUGGCAAAACCAAGAUGAAAAGACGAGCUGUGGGGAUCUGGCAUUGUGGCUCCUGCAUGAAAACCGUCGCUGGUGGCGCCUGGACCUACAACACCACUUCUGCUGUCACAGUAAAGUCUGCCAUCAGAAGACUGAAGGAGUUGAAAGACCAGUAGAAGCACUGCCGUUUGAAACAUUGCUAGCCUAUAAUAAAUGGGUUAAUUUAUGUAACAAAAUUAAUUUGGCUUGUUAAAUUUA